UGUGAGAAGAAGCCCAACCUCACGGCCUUCCCUCCUCAGCUGAUGGUGGAGCAGUUGACCAUGAUGGAUGCGGAGCUCUUCCAGAAGGUGGUGCCCUCUCAGUGCCUGGGCUUCACCUGGGGCAAGAGGAACAAGCCCGGCAAUGAGCACCUGACACUCACUGUCCAGGCCACCGUCGACCACUUCAGAAGGGUGGCCAGCCUCGUCAUCAUCACCUGCCUCGGGAACGCGAGCAUGAUGACCCAGGACAGGGCGAGGGAGUGCGUGAUCCGGAAGAACUUCUCAACCCGCACUGUCAUCUCUGUUCUGCAGAAAACCUCCACAAACCACUUGAAGAACACAUGGGAGGAAGUUUCCCUGGACAGCUCUGAAAAACUGAAGGAGCUCUAUAGCCAAGACGAGUCCUUGAGAAGAUAACUGAUG